GGUUUCUCUGGACUUUUCUUGGGUCUUUUGGGCGCCAUGUUCAUUGGUAAUUCAAUGGCGGCCCCAGCAAGCGGGAGACAAGCACGUAUUGAUUGGAUGAAAGGUUGGAUAUUUGGCCAGUCCCGAAGUCUCCAGAAUAUGACGGUGACAUUGCAGGAAGAAUUUGUAAGUGACCGUGUGAGCGGUUAAUUUUUUGUUGUUUGAAUUUUAAUUACUUUUAUCGAUCUUGAUUCGGAAUAUAUAGCAACAUAUGAUGAUCCGGGAGACAUAAAUUCGAUAAAGGUCGGUUAUCAUCUAAAAAAAAGAGAAAAAGGAAGAUCCGGGAGACAUAAAUUCGAUAAAGGUCGGUUAUCAUCUAAAAAAAAGAGAAAAAGGAACUAGGAAAAAGCUAGCCAAAAUGUACCCAAAGUAUAACUUUUUGCGCGGACUUAGCUAUCAGUUGAGGCAGACCGGAUCAAGUCAAGAAGCAACUUCGGAUCAUAUCAUAACUGCAAACGUGGCUAAUUGAUGAGACCGUGUAUAUUUGCUAAUGAAGUAAUUCUGCCCUUGAUGGAGCUGAAGUAAUAUUUCAUAAAAGGAAGUAACUGCGGUGUGAAAGCUCCUUCGACACCGAAGAGCGCAGCGCUUAACAACCAGACGGGCUAAGUUAUAAUUGAAUGAGCCUUUUUCAACUCUUUGACCAUCAAUUUCAGAGGUGGAUAUUCUGUUACAGGAUAAAAAUAUCUUUUGACUGAUUUCGCCCGAAACUUCUCUCCAAGAAUUUCUCGUGUGUCAAAUGCAGGGUAUAGUGGCUAGAUCGCGCAUGACGUAAGGAGCAACAAGCAAACGACGAUUUUAAACUUCGAUUUUGCUCACACACUAUAAACCUGAAGUGAAAAAAGGAAGAGAGAAACAGGAAUAACAAAAAUGGAAAAUAUACGGAUCACAGAAUAAGUUCAUAGCUUCACUUUUGACGAACAAACGGCUGACAGCAGAUAGAGGAAAGUUCAGUGACUUGCGCUUGUCGUGGAUUUCACUUUUAAACCCUCUCAUUUCAUGUCAUCUACUUGAUAGUAAAUCGUAGUACUCAUUCCUCGUAUCUAAUUUACCUUGCACAGGCGUCGGUCCGUACGGGUAGCAAAGACAACGAUGAGUAUUACCUCAGAAUUCCAUGCUUACCACGACCUUCAUUUGAUCAGGAUGGUGUUUCCGUGAGUCAUCGAUUAAAUCAUUAA